AUGGACAGGAACGGCCACUGGACAGUGGAAUUUCAGCAAUUCUUGUACGACGACUACGCGGAAUUAGGAUGGGACUUGUACGAUCCCAAUGGCUUCCACGCGGGUUUCCACAAUGUACGCGGUUACAACAAGGACUCGAAAAUCACCGACUACAUCCAGAGCGUUAAUCCACACAAUGGUGAUAUGGCCAAAGUCAAUUUUGAGAUCCGCAAGAAGGUCACCGGCUGCGAUUCCAUGCCGGGCAUCCCAUGCAGGCCUUACAUGACAACAGAAAAUCGCAUCGAAAGUGACCCAUGGAGGCUGCAGACUUGCGAGCAAGCUUGUAAGGAUAACAAGAAGAAGGCUCCUCUGGUUUCCAAAGACAUGUGGUGCCAGGAUCUCAACGCGGCAGAUUGGCAACCCAUGUAUAAAGGGUACACUGGAUGGCAGCGCCAUUUCAAGUGUGGUUGGAAGGGAUUUGAUUGA